UGCGCACGGAAGCUUUAAGAGCGCAGCGGCUGGAGGCAGGCGGCAGCAGAGAGAGCGGAGAGGAGAGGAGAGGAGCUCCAGCCACGAGCCAUCCGGAGCCGGAGGAGGAGAGAGCGGACCACCAGCCGCCAGAUGAGCCACCCCUGACAGCCGCAGACCCGGCUCUGCGCUGGGCACCCGGAGCAAGGCGCAGGACCCUGCGCCACGCGGCUCAACUCACAACUUCUCCACAGACUUUCUUCUCUCACUUGUUUCCUCGCCCUCCCCAUCAUCAUCAUCAUCAUCAUCACCACCGCCGCCGCCAUCCUCAUCAUGGUGCUGGGGAAAGUGAGGGCCCUGGCCGUCUACUUUGACAGCCUGAACGAGAACAACCUGCCCGUGUUCUCCGGCGGAGACCUGGUGUCGGGCCGGGUGGUGGUGGAGGUCACCGGGGAUGUGCGGGUCCGGAGCCUGGACAUAACCGCGAGGGGAGUCGCUAAGGUCCGCUGGACGGAGUCGAGGAACGCCGGGGCCAACACGGCUUACACCCAGAACUACACGGAGGAGGUGGAAUACCUGCACCACUACGACACCUUGAUCGGCGAGGAGAGAGAUGAGGACUGUCCAGAGGAGGGACUCACCGUCCUGCACGCCGGCUUCCACGAGUUCGCCUUCAGCUUCAACCUGCCUCAGAUGGCCCUGGCCACGUCCUUCGAGGGGAAGCACGGCAGCGUCCGCUACUGGGUGAAGGCGGAACUGCACCGUCCGUGGCUGCUGCCCGUCAAAGUCAAGAAGGAGUUCAUCGUGUUCGAGCACAUCGACAUCAACACGCCGCUGCUGCUGGCUCCUCAGGCCGGGACCAAGGAGAAAACUCUGUGCUGCUGGUUCUGUGCUUCAGGUCCCAUCUCCCUCAGUGCCAAGAUCGAGAGGAAGGGUUACACACCAGGCGAGUCGAUCCAGAUCUUCGCUGAGGUGGAGAACUGUUCGUCCCGGGUGGUGGUGCCCAAGGCGGCGCUCUACCAGACCCAGACCUUCUUUGCCAAGGGCAAGGGCAAACAGAUCCAGCAGCUGGUGUCCAACCUGCGGGGCGAGCCCCUGCAGCAGGGCAAGAGCCAGAGCUGGGAGGGCAAGAUGCUCAAGAUCCCCCCGGUGUCCCCCUCCAUCCUGGACUGUCCCAUCAUCAGGGUGGAGUACGUCCUCGUGGUGUACGUGGACGUCCCCGGGGGUCUGAACCUGUCUCUGUCGUUGCCGUUGGUGAUCGGGACCAUCCCCCUCCACGCCUGCACCUCCCGCACCUCCAGCAUCAGCAGCACCUGCAGCAGCACCUGCAGCAGCCUGCGCUGGCUGGGGCUGCCCGAGAGGCCCGAGGGUAAAGGCGCCGCUCCCCGCUCUGAGCCUCCGUCCACGCCCCUCACACGCAGAUCGAUCUCUAACACGUGUCUGUCGCUUGCAGCUCCGCCGAGCUACAGCGACCUGGCCAUAUCAGAGUCUCACAGGAGGGACUGCCUGCAGGGCUGCGAUAGGUCCGACCGCGACGCAGACGACCACUCAUCUCUGCUCACAUACAUCACCGAGUUCAGAUAUCUGCCACCACCACUCUACUCCGAGGUGGAUCCGUACCCGGACCCGGUGGAUGUGUGCAGCUCCGUGGACGUGAGGAGACCGGACACGUGCCCGUCCCGCUGAGGAGGGAACGUCUGCACAAACGAGACGCCGCCGGCCUCCGGCCUCCGGCCGCCGCGGACACACAGCCAGCUUCUCACCAGAUCGUGUGUCGCCAUGAAUCCGGCCGGACCCGUCGGAGGAGGCGGGAGAAGGUCGGAGCUCACAGAGUGUUUGGCGACACGACGGACCAGGGACUUCGAGCUGGAUCCUCCGCAUCCUGCGCUCCAGACGAGGCACACGAACAUUCUCCGAAUGACACGACGCCUCCUCCUGCCUCGCAGAGAAUUUUGCACAUGCCGUAAUUACUGUUUUGUUUUUUUUCUACCCGUGGUUUUCUAUUCUGCAGAUCGCCGCAGGCCUAUAUGCUACAGUAGACGCAGAACUCUAAGUGGCACAUUUCAGAUUUGAGCUUGAAGCCACGAAAUUCACGACAGAGACCAGAGAACGACCUCGAGCUCUUAAAGAAACCAGUGUGAAUGUGUGUGAGAGAGACUGAGUGAGUGUUUUAAAUGAGAAAUAAAAAACCUGACGGGGUCUAGAGUUAAAAAAAAAAUAAAUAAAAAUAAUAAAAAGCACAACUCCGACCGACCAAGAUUUAAAGUAGCACAGGUCGCCUGUUUCUGCUCUGAGCUGAAGCUUCUCUCGCUGUAGAUGGAAAAGAAAGCAUAAAAAUAAAGUGUUUACAGAUGAACAUGUAUAUCUAUCUAUAUAUAUACUAUAUCUAUACAUAGAUAUAUAGAUAUAGAUAUAUCAGAUCCAGAAUGUUGUUCAAACAUGACUUCUUCCAGCUAAAACUUCAAAUUUACCAAGUGCAAUAUAUUUUUGUAUUUGUAAAUCUUUUUUUUUUUGCACUAGUUUUUCAUUAUACUCUGUUGCUGUUUAUUCCAUUUCUGUGCAUUAUAUAUAUAUAAAUAUAUAUAUUAUUGUCAUGAUCUUCUUGCUGUCAUGAUCAACUUUUGAUAAAAUAAAAGUUUUAUUUUAUAAAAUAA